AUGGUGCCGGUGUGCGGCGGGGCGGGCGGCCGCCUGCUGCGGAUGGUGGGGGCCGGCCGGGGGCCGCUUCUCCUCAGCGCCUCCCGGGGCCGGAGCUGCCAGGCGGAGGGGAGCCCCGCCACCCACGGCGGGGCCCUGGCCCUCAAAAAGCGGGGCUACGACAUCACCAGGAACCCCCACCUCAACAAGGGAAUGGCUUUUACGCUUGAAGAGAGGCUGCAGCUGGGAAUUCACGGCCUCCUUCCUCCUUGCUUCUUGAGCCAAGACGUUCAAGUCCUCCGUGUUAUGAAAAACUACGAGAACAAAUCUAAUGAUCUAGACAAGUAUAUUGUUCUUAUGACAUUACAAGACAGGAACGAGAAGCUUUUUUAUCGAGUGCUGACCUCCAACAUUGAGAGAUUCAUGCCCAUUGUUUACACCCCAACGGUUGGCCUUGCUUGUCAGCAGUAUGGUUUGGCUUUCAGGAGACCACGGGGGUUGUUUAUCACCAUCCAUGACAAAGGCCAUAUUGCAACAAUGCUAAACUCUUGGCCUGAAGAGAAUAUUAAGGCUAUCGUGGUGACAGAUGGAGAGAGGAUUCUCGGUUUAGGAGAUCUAGGAAGUUACGGCAUGGGUAUCCCAGUGGGGAAGCUUGCUUUGUACACAGCUUGUGGUGGAGUUCACCCACAACAGUGUCUCCCUGUCCUGCUGGAUGUUGGCACAGACAACGAGGCUCUCCUGAGUGAUCCACUCUAUAUUGGACUGAAACACAAGAGGGUUCGUGGGAAACAGUACGACGAACUGAUUGAUGAGUUCAUGCAGGCAGUUACCGACAAGUACGGCAUGAAUUGUCUGAUCCAGUUUGAAGAUUUUGCCAAUGCUAACGCUUUUCGUCUCCUCAAUAAAUACCGCAACAGAUACUGUACAUUCAAUGAUGAUAUUCAGGGCACUGCAUCUGUGGCAGUCGCUGGCAUCUUUGCAGCCUUAAGGAUCACAAAGAACAAGCUCUCUGACCAUAAGUUUGUUUUCCAGGGAGCUGGAGAGGCUGCAAUGGGCAUAGCUCAUCUCAUCCUCAUGGCCAUGGAAAAGGAAGGAAUUUCACGAGAGGAUGCCAUCAAAAAAAUUUGGAUGGUGGACUCCAAGGGACUGAUUGUGAAGGGCAGGAGCCACCUGAACCAUGAGAAAGAAAUGUUUGCCCAGGACCACCCCAGUGUGAACACGCUGGAAGAGGUUGUGCAGAAAGUGAAGCCUACGGCAAUUAUAGGUGUCGCAGCCAUUGCAGGAGCUUUCACUGAGAAGAUUUUGAAGGACAUGGCGGCCUUCAAUGAGAGGCCUAUCGUGUUUGCCCUGAGCAACCCCACAAGUAAAGCGGAGUGCACAGCGGAGCAGUGCUACCGCCUCACCGAGGGACGGGGAAUAUUUGCAAGUGGGAGUCCAUUCUCAAAGGUAACCCUGCCCAACGGACAGACCUUUUUCCCUGGCCAAGGAAACAACGCCUACGUCUUCCCCGGAGUGGCACUGGGAGUCAUCGCCUGCGGAGUCCGGCACAUCUCUGACGAUAUCUUCCUCAUCACAGCAGAGUCUAUUGCUGCCGAGGUAACAGAGCAGAAUCUUGCAGAAGGAAGACUCUAUCCCCCCUUGGACAGCAUCAGAGAGGUGUCUCUCAAAAUUGCUGUGAAAAUUGUUGACUGGGCCUACAAGCACGGUCUCGCUUCUUGGUACCCCGAGCCAGCAGACAAGGAAGCCUUUGUGAAACGGCUCGUUUACAGUCCUGAUUAUGAUUCGUUUGUUAUUGAUGAUUACAGGUGGCCCCCCGCAGCCAUGCAAACACAAGAUGUAUAAGUUUUUGUGAGAACUCUUUUCUCAUUUUUUUCCAUUCGUUCCCAUGGUUCAUGUCAUUGCUGAUAUAAAUGCACCUCCAGGCUUGCAGAAUGAUAAAAGUAAAUUAAUCCAAAGA